UUCCCCGAAUAGGAAAUGAGCAGUUCCCUGAGAUUCCGAGAUGGAGCGGGGCUGGCCCUGCUGUGCGCGCUCCUGGGGACGCUGUGCAACACCGGAUUCGGGCAGAUUCGCUACUCGGUGCUGGAGGAGGUGGAGAAGGGCUCCUUCGUGGGCAACAUCUCCAAGGAUUUGGGGCUGGAGCCCCGGGAGCUGGCGGAGCGAGGAGUCCGCAUCGUCUCCAGAGGUAGGACUCAGCUUUUUGCUCUGAACCCGAGAAGUGGCAGCUUGGUCACCGCGGGCAGGAUAGACCGGGAGGAGCUCUGCGCUCAGAGCGUGCGGUGCCUGGUAAAAUUUAACAUCCUGGUGGAAGACAAACUGAAGAUUUUGGAAGUAGAAAUAGAAAUUAAAGACAUUAAUGAUAAUGCUCCUAAUUUUCUAACAGAGGAAUUAGAAGUAAAAAUUGGCGAACUAGCAGCUCCUGGAACCCGAUUUCCACUUAAGACUGCAUUUGACCCAGAUGUGGGCAUGAACUCCCUGCAGAACUACCAGCUUAGCCCUAAUGACUACUUCUCCCUGGCGGUGAAGAGCGUCUCCGAUGGGACCAAGUAUCCAGAGCUAGUGCUGGAGCAGGCUCUGGACCGGGAGGAAAGGGAAGUUCACCAGCUUGUCCUCCUUGCCUCAGAUGGCGGCGACCCUGUCCACUCUGGCAGCUUGGGCAUCCACGUGAUAGUUCUGGAUGCAAAUGACAAUCCACCAAUAUUUACACAGCCUGAGUAUAGGAUUAGCGCUCAGGAGAACUUGCCCGUGGGCACCCGGCUGCUCACAGUGAAUGCCACUGACCCCGAUGAGGGAUUCAACGCUCAAGUGUCCUAUGUGUUAGAUAAAAUGCCUGGGAAAAUUGCUCAGAUUUUCGAUCUCAACCCAGUCACUGGAGAUAUAUCACUAUUAAAAAGUCUAGAUUACGAGGAUGCUGUGUUCUAUGAAAUUAAAAUUGAAGCACAAGAUGGUCCAGGUCUCCUUUCAAGAGCUAAGGUCCUAGUCACAGUUCUGGAUGUGAAUGACAACGCCCCAGAAGUUACAGUCACUUCUCUCACAGGAUCGAUCCCAGAAGAGGCGAUUUCUGGAAGAGAAGUUGCCCUUAUAAAUGUGCACGAUCGGGAUUCGGGACAAAAUGGGCAAGUCACGGUUUUUGUCUUGGGAAAUAUGCCGUUUAAUUUAGAAAAAUCAAUAGACCAAUAUUACCGCUUAGUGACAGCGAGAUCUCUGGACCGUGAACAAAGGUCUGAAUAUAACAUCACUCUGAGAGCCACAGAUCGGGGAAGUCCACCACUGUCCACAGACACUCAUAUCACCUUGCAUGUGGCAGACAUCAAUGACAAUUCACCUGCCUUCACGCAGGCCUCCUACUCUGCUUACGUUGCUGAAAACAACCCCAGGGGAGCCUCCAUCUUCUGUGUGACUGCCCAGGACCCCGACAGCAUUGAGAAUGCACACAUCACUUAUGCACUGACUGAGGAUACAGUUCAGGGGGCACCUCUCUCCACCUAUGUCUCCAUUAACUCUGACACUGGAACCCUGUAUGCGCUGCGUUCCUUCGACUAUGAGCAGGUGAGGGACCUACAGUUACUGGUGACAGCCAGUGACAGUGGGGACCCGCCACUCAGCAGCAACGUGUCACUGAGCCUGUUUGUCCUGGACCAGAAUGACAAUGUGCCUGAGAUCCUGUACCCUGCCUUCCCCACAGAUGGCUCCACAGGCGUGGAACUGGCACCCCGCUCUGCAGAGCCUGGCUACCUGGUGACCAAGGUGGUGGCGGUGGACAGAGACUCAGGCCAGAACGCCUGGCUGUCCUACCGCCUGCUCAAGGCCAGCGAGCCAGGGCUCUUCUCAGUGGGGCUGCACACGGGCGAGGUGCGCACGGCGCGGGCCCUGCUGGACAGAGAUGCGCUCAAGCAGAGCCUGGUGGUGGUGGUCCAGGACCACGGCCAGCCCCCCCUCUCGGCGACGGUCACACUCACCGUGGCCAUGGCGGACAGCAUCCCAGAAGUCCUGGCUGACCUGGGCAGCAUCAGCACCCCCGCGGACUCUGAGGAUUCCGACCUUACCUUGUACCUGGUGGUGGCGGUGGCCGUGGUCUCCUGCGUCUUCCUGGCCUUUGUCAUCGUGCUGAUGGCGCUCAGGCUGCGGCGCUGGCACAUGUCACGCCUCCAGGCUUCAGAAGGUGGAUUGGGGGGCUUGCCCACCUCGCACUUUGUGGGCGUGGACGGGGUGCAUGCUUUCCUGCAGACCUAUUCGCAUGAGGUCUCCCUCACUGCAGACUCGAGGAAGAGUCAGCUGAUCUUCCCGCAGCCCAACUAUGCGGACACGCUCAUCAGCCAGGAGAGCUGUGAGAAAAGGCAUUUUCUGUCAGAACCUCAAUCUCUACUUGAAGAUAAAGGAGAAGAAACAUUUUCUCAGGUAAACUCUCUUUAAACUCAAUAUACUCAUGAGCUAAUUUGCUAAAAUAGAAACAAUAUACUUAUGAGUUAAUUUGCUAAAAUAAAUGAAUGUAUUCAAUAUUUACUCAGUUGCCUCCCUUGUUUAUCUUAUCUCUUCUGCUUCUCAUAUUUCCUUGUGUAUAUAUUCAAUAUUUAGGACAGACUCCUGGUGAAUUAUUUCUUUCAAGUUCUAAGUGUUCACACCCCAUCGGGGGAAGUAGAGCUAAGUCCCCUGAAAUUAGUAUAAAUUAGGAUUUUGUGGAUUAAGAUGAUAUUUAGGUUCUCAAAAGAGCACUGCAUUCGGAAUUGGGAAAAUCUGUUUUCUUAUUCUUACUUUCCCAAUUCCUGGGCAAAUCAUCUCAUCUACUUGGGUCAGCAAAUCUUUCUUUAAAGUAUAAGUGUUUGGGGCCUCCUGGUGGCGCAGCUGGUUGAGCACCGUGCUGUGGAACUCUCCUCAGCCUCUGCAGCGCUGGUUCGAUUCCCGGCCAGCCAGGGAGAUUCCCACCUGGUGCAGCAGACCUCUCCUGUCGUGCCCACUGCUCCCCUCAGCGGUGUGUUUAGGUCCUUCUGCCUUUUCUGCUCCCUGCUGUGUCUCAGGUGAAUUCUCUCUCCCUCUGGCACCUCUGGCCUGUACCCCAGUGCUUAUAUAAAUAAAUAAAUCUUUAAAAUAAAAUAAAAUAUCAAGGUUGAAUUUUGAGUUUACCCACAUGUCUUCCUCCUUUAAAAUUUAAGGCAUUUGUGUUUUAUAGUAUGCUGUCAAUUAGAUUUUGAAACACUCUAGAUGCUUAACACUCUCUCAGACUUAAUGCUUUUUCUUCAGUUCGGAAGUAACGUUCUUCAUUUUAUUUUAUUUUUUUUUAGCAUGACUUUUCCUAUUAAGAUGUAAAUUUAGAAACAUAUGUGCUUCACUGUGUUCCAGGAAGGUAUGUCAUGGUAUUUCUGCUUAGUUAAAAAUUUCAUUGGUGUCUAAAGUACCUCUAUGCUUCUUUCCGUUGUGAUCAAGUUAACAUUUUCACUAUAAUAAAUAAGUAGUGUAAUAAUAAACAUGUUUCUCUUCACUGUUACUUUUUGUUUUUCUCAUAUCUGGAAACCAUAUUGCCUUUUUAUCAUUAAAAAAUUAUGUACCCUGAAAGCAUUCAGAGGUCAUAUCAAGUAAUUGCCCCCUGAAGUCGUCCUUAGACAUGUUCUUCCCAUCAAAGUUUCCUAUUCACAGCAACUGUUAAAAAUGUUUCCAGUCCCUCUGUCCUGUUCACAAACACAGUUUUUCUUCCUCUUUCUUCUUCCAAUAUUGGUUUUAGGUAUGUUAAUUAUACGUCUAAAAAUGAAAAUAAUGGUUAUAUUAAUAUUUUACCUAUGGGAUAAUUUUCUUUUGUUUUUGGAAACAAUCAUGAAUUAACUGAGUCAAAUAUUUCAUAGUACUGUCAACUUUCAAGGUGCUGUGAUUUUUAUUAUGUAAGGGCAACUGAGGAAAAAUUUAUCUGAAACUGUGUUGUUUAUUAUUACAUAAUUCUCUGUGAAAUAUUUUAAUUAAAGUAUGAACCAAAACAGUUAAAAGCAUGUUUUAGCAUAUAUGGUAACAUCAAAAGAAUAAAUGCUCUAAGUGUCAUGAUUGAAAUGACAGUGUAUUUCUGUUUCUGUGAUUGUAGGGGAAAUAAAUGUGGGAAAAGGGUUUCUGGAGCAACAAAAGUUUCUCUCCACUAGCUUCACAUUUGGCCUUUAAA